AUGGCAAAAGCCCUCAAGACGGGACUGAAAUGGACUACUGGGAAAGAUUUGCAUAACGAACUCUGCGAGAUAGACACGCUCGUCGGAUGUAUCUUCGGUUAUGUUCGGGACAGAAUUCACGACGAGAAGAUGGACCAGGCUGAAAACUACAUGCUGACCCGGGAUGGGUCCGACCACUACAGGCUCAAUCUUCAGUAUAACGCGCUGAAGGCAGCCGUCGCAGGCAGAAACUAUGUUGUUCCAUCAGUAGACAAACGUCAGCGGGUGACAAUGUUAUCAUUCAUUAUGAAACGUUUACAAGAGCCACAGAGAAUAUGCACGACAUACUUGACCUUGGUAGCGGCAGCGGUAUAUGGCUCAAAGAUUCUAACUUCUGUAGCUAAGACACUUCCCUUUGAUGAUGCCAGCUUCGACUUUGUGCACAUGCGGAUUGUACCUAGUGUCGGAAAACGCAGUGCCAUCAUGCGAGAGAUCCACCGAGUGCUCCGACCACGCGGAAUUGUCGCCUUCGUCGAAGUAGGCCUCGCCAUCUCCUCGGUUACUGGAGAGCAACCUCCAUCGCUCAAGACGUUCAAUCUCCUCGUCUCAAGAUCCCCUCACAACGCUUCUGAUGACAAAGACGACUGGUCAGCAGCAAAAUACGUCGAUGGAAUGCUCCGCGCUGCUACCGACAAGGACGAAAAUUUGCUCUUUGAAGAUGUCUAUAGUGAAUCGCAUGACAUACCCGUAGGAAAGUGGCCGGAAGAUCCAGUUCAGCGUGCCAUUGCUUUGGAUAUGAUGACGAACCAGGUAAUCAGGACAGAUAUGUACGGGCCGAAGCUCACACAACUCGGGCUCUCCACACCAGGCGAGCUGGCAGAGCUUAAACGGGGGAUGCAGUUGGAAGCUGAGACUGACGAGCUACGGAUAAUUGUUCCCCGGGAUGCAUCCGACCAUUCCAGACUCGAUCUGCAGCACAGAGGUUGGAAAGCAACUUAUGGAGGCAAGAACUACAUCGCACCGGGCGUGCAGAAAAAUGAAAUCCACAACAUUCUCGAUCUCGGUAGCGGCAGUGGAAUCUGGCUCACCGAAAUGGCCGAAGAGUUUCCGGAGGCGAAACUUGUCGGCGUUGAUCUAGCUACUGCAACACUGACCAAGCCAUGUCCUUCGAACGUCACUUUUGUGGUAGCAGACUUCAGUCAGAGACUUCCUUUUGAAGACUCGACUUUUGAUCUCGUGCACAUGAGAAUAGUCCCAAGUUUUGGCCAGCGUCUCGUACUCAUGCGAGAGAUCAGUCGCAUCCUCCGUCCCGGAGGGACUGUCAACUUCUUCGAGAUUGGCCAACCGUUCUCUUCCCCGUCCGGGAAGCAACCCCCAGCGUUCAGUAGAUUCAACCUACUAAUGGCAAGGUCGCCGCACAAUACGUCUGGGGACCCUGAAAGCUGGUCCCUGAUGAACCAUAUCGAGGGCAUGCUCCGUGACGCCAUAGACGUAGGUGGGGCGUUGCUUUUCAGGGAUGUGACUAGUAUCAGAUGCGAUGCACCUGUUGGGCACUGGUCUGGAGAUGCCGACCAGCGGCGCAUAGGCGAAGACAUGAAGAACAAUCAGCUCCAACUGUUAGACAUGUUCGGACCAGCUUCCAUCAGACUUGGUCAUGCGACAGCGGACGAAUUGGUGGAGAUGAGAAAGAGAAUCAAGGAGGAGGCUGAGAACGAUGAUCUGAAGAUGGUGUUCCCUUCUAUAUGGGUUUCGGCAAGGCAGAAUUAA